AUGCGAGAGUUUUUGAGGAUAUUUUCAGCGUCACUUUUGCUCUCAUCGAUCUCAGCCGGAUAUCUCUACGAUCGAUGGGGAAAUGUCAAUGAUGAUAAUGCAGUGAAUAGUGUUUUUGAGAGACCCCGUCCUCCACCGUCCUCUCCUCGUGGUUCCACCUCAAACCUUGGUUGUUUCUUUUGCACUCAAUUACUAUCUGUGACGAAACACCGUGUCGGUCUCUCUCAAAAUCAGCUUCGAAAUGUGCUCUACGAGAAGUGUCGCGUGCUUCCACAGGUCUUAAGGGAACAAUGUUUCACUUUUGUCGAUCGAUCGUUACUGGAGAUUUAUUUCUCUUUGAACUACGAUUUCUCAUCGAAAAAUUCAGACAUCACCUCAUUCGCUAACAACGCUUGUGCUCAAAUGCAAAGAGGACGAACACAGGAUCAAUGCUACGAGUUGGCCGAUAAGAAAAUCGACGAGUUGGCGAAAUUCGUCGAUCAUCAAGUGAUCGAGAGCGCUUUGGUGUGCCAGAUUGAAUCAUUGCUAGAAAUCGAGAUAGAC